CGCGUGUGUCGCAGCUCAGGGUGUCGUGUGUAAUAUGGACGGUGGCGGGUGUGCACGGGCUCCGCUGGACCCGGGAGAUUCUCCCGCGAAGCGUCAGGCGGUGAAGAGACACCAUCACAAACACAACAUCAAACACCGCUACGAGUUCCUGCAGAGCCUCGGGAACGGCACGUACGGGCGCGUGAAGAGAGCCGUGGACCGCUCCGGGAGAACGGUGGCCAUAAAGUCCAUCCGUAAGGAAAAGAUUAAAGACGAUCAGGAUCUGAUCCACAUCCGACGAGAGAUCGAGAUCAUGUCGUCGCUCAGUCAUCCUCACAUCAUCACCAUAUAUGAAGUGUUCGAGAACAAGGAUAAGAUCGUGAUCGUGAUGGAGCUGGGCAGUAAAGGAGAUCUGUACGACUACAUGAGCGAGAGACAGCGCAUCUCUGAGGGCGAAGCCCGCCGCCUCUUCAGACAGAUCGUCUCUGCCGUGCAAUACUGCCACCGCAACGGGAUUGUUCACCGUGACCUGAAGCUGGAGAACAUCUUGCUGGACGACGACGGCAAUAUAAAAAUCGCGGACUUCGGGCUGUCGAACCUGUACCGGGGCGACCGGUUCCUGCAGACGUACUGCGGCAGCGCCCUCUACGCCUCGCCCGAGAUCGUGAACGGCCGGCCCUACAGGGGCCCGGAGGUGGACAGCUGGUCCCUGGGCGUGCUGCUCUACACACUCGUCCACGGAGCCAUGCCGUUCGACGGACACGACCACAAGCACCUGGUCCAGCAGAUCAGCAGCGGGAACUACCGCAGACCCACCAGACCGUCCGAUGCGUGUGGUUUGAUCCGCUGGAUGUUGAUGGUGAACCCAGAUCGUAGAGCUACACUGGAUGAGAUUGCAGGUCACUGGUGGCUCAACUGGGGCUAUCAGCUCCCCCUACAGGCUCAGAUCGACACCGCAUCGGUGUGUCCGACACAUGUAGCGUCUCAAACCAGCGGCCCGACUCGCAUCGCGGACUGGCUACGCCGCACCUCGCGCCCUCUCCUGGAAAACGGUUCUAAGAUGCGUUGCCUAUUGCGUACGGGUGGAGGAGAACCAGUUCAGCGACAGCGCUCAAUACGCAGGUCGCGCAAAGAAAACAACGUUUCGCAAACAAUGCAAGAAUCACCUCGCCCGUUUAAAGGCAUCCUGAAGAAGCGUGGAAGUCUAAAACAGAAACUGGCUCCCGGGGACUCCCAGGCUACACCCUUGGAGGAGAAAACCAAGAACUCUUUGGCUCCGCCGCCUCCACCUCCUAAAGGCAUCCUGAAGAAGCCUUCCGAAGGUGAGUCGGGAUACUACUCCUCAUCCCCGGAGAGUUACGACUCCGGGCGGACUCUCGGGAACGCGUCGCCUGCGCAGAACCGCAAGGGAAUCCUCAAACGCCAUGGCAAGUUUUCCGGAGGACUCCAGGGAUUCGGAUCUCUGGAUAAGCUCUCGCCUUCCUUGCCCUCGGUGGUCAACAAGUCCCGACCGAGUGGAGCAAUCAGCGAGGACAGCAUUCUCUCCUCCGAGUCUUUCGACAGACUUGACCUUCCCGAUCGGGAGAUUCCCGACGCUCCGAUGGAGAGACGAAGAAUGCGAGGAUGCGUAUCCGCUGAUAAUCUCCUCGACUUAAGAGAGGACGGGCCAGGGACUCUGCUCAAGGGACACUGGGAAAUGGACGUAGCUUGCUAUCGUGCAGGAGUGUCCGAUAGCGUGUUUUCAAUCUCCGACUGCGAAAACGUCACUCGGACUUACAAGCAAGCCUUGGGAGCGACUGCUAGCUAAGAUGGACCACGACUAUGAAGUGCAGAAUCUGCAACUCGGUUGUGCCUAGAAAGGUAAACAAGUUGGAAAUAAAGGAAAGGACU